AUGCCAGUCGACCCCGAUGAGAUUGCAGAUGUUGUCCUAGAGCAUUUCAAGAAACUGCCCGCAAAACGUAGGCCCCAGGUUAGAGACAAUGGCCUACAUGAAUGGGUUCCCCUGAGCGGCAUUGUUGCUGAAAAAGAUGGCGUCUUGACGUGCCUAUCGCUUGCAACGGGCAUGAAGUGUCUCCCAGCCAGCAAACUCCCCCUAGCAAAAGGAAAUGCCCUCCACGACUGGCAUGCCGAAGUCCUCGCCAUCCGCGCCUUCAACCGUUACCUCUUGGACGAAUGCGACACCCACUCGCAGGGCAGCUCACCCACCUCCGACAUCAUCACAGGACGCCCCCCCUCCUCCAUCUCUCCCUCCUCACCCCAACCCUUUGCAAUCAGAGACGACGUCACGCUACACAUGUACUGCUCCGAAGCCCCCUGCGGCGACGCAAGCAUGGAACUCACAAUGGCCGCCCAAGAAGACGCUUCACCCUGGGAAGUGCCCCGAUCCUCAUCCUCUCCAUCUGGCGUAGCUACUACCACUACUCCACCCGCUCCCGCUUCCAGGACAACAACAGACACAACCCCCCUCCCAGGAAGAGCCUACUUCUCCCACCUAGGCAUCGUCCGCCGCAAACCAGCCCGCGGCGACGCGCCCCCAACAGCCUCCAAAUCCUGCUCCGACAAGCUCGCGCUCAAACAAUGCACCUCUCUCCUCGCCUCGCUGACCUCCCUGCUCGUUCACCCAGGCAACGCCUACAUCUCGUCCGUCAUCCUCCCGGAAUCGGAGUUCUCCGCCACAGGCUGCGAGCGCGCCUUCUCAGAGAGGGGACGGAUGAAGGCCGUAGCGGCGGGUGAAGCGGCGCGUUGGAAGGGCGGGUACCGGUUCUCGCCGUUCGAGGUGUGCACUACGUCUAGAGACUUUGAGUUCUCGAAAAGGCGUGUUAGGGGACGGCUUGGUGUUGGAGCGGAGAAGAUUGCGGCGAGUAACCUCGCUGCUGUCUGGACGCGGGGUGGUGGCGUGGACGAGGGCACGAUGGGCGGCGUGCUGCAGGGGCGGAAAGCGUUUGACGUCCGGGGCGCGAGUUUGGUUUCUAGGCGGAGGAUGUGGGAGCUCGCGGCGGCGGUGGCGGAGCGGGUGGCUAGGCAAGGUAACGAUGAUGACGAGGGUGAGGUAGGGGGUUUGUUGCGGCGGGCGUUGGAUGUUGAUGCGUAUGGCGAGAUCAAGGGCGGGGAGAUGCUUGCUUGUCGGAGGGAGGUCAAGGAAGCUGCGAGGAGGGUUGCGUUGGCGGGGUGGGUUGUUAAUGUUGGGGAUGAGGAGUUUGCGAGGUUGUAG